GGGAUGAAGAGGAGAGGAGCCCUGUCCAAGAGAGGCGUACUUACGAGCCGCAAGAGCAAGACGGCUUUUCCUCCAACAAGGGGAGGAAACAAGUUUGGACAACUAGAUGUAUUCCUCCAGCGGCAGAAGUAAAGAAAAGGAAACCUGUGUUGCACUAACAAUGUGAGAAGGACCGUUUACAGUCAUUGUGCAUUCAGUCUCAUCAACCAUGGAAGUAACAGCAGGCAAUUUUGAGUUGGUUAUUCCGAGCAUUGAAAGGGCAAUCAGCAGAUGCGAUUUUGUAGCAAUAGACUGCGAGUUUACGGGCCUGGACGUCAAUGGGAGAAGGAGAGAGGAAUACUUCGAUGAUUUGGAACAAAGAUAUGCUCGUGUGCGUAUGUCAGCGCAACACUUCCUUGUCAUCCAGGUGGGGUUGUCGCUUUUUGAAUGGUGUCCUUGUGAACAAACCUACCGGGCCAGCACAUACAACUGCUACGUCUACCCCCGGCCCCAUGGGUCUUUUGACCUCCGGUUCACGUGCCAGGCCAGCUCUUUGGAGUUUCUCAGCAAGCACAACUUUGACUUCAACAAGUUCAUCUACGAAGGUGUCCCCUUCAUUAACCUGUCAACUGCGGAGGAGAUGUACGCCAAGCUCGAGCAGCAGGCGUCCGCGGCUGCCCAGGCCGCGAACAUUCCCAGCACGGGCGCAAGCGCGCCGGUCAACCGCGACAUCCGGCAGGCACUCAGGUCCGAGGAGGACAAGCAGCGGCACCGCGACAUCAUCGACCGCGUCAGAGAAUGGUUAGAGGGGGACAGCCCAGCAAAGGCCCGAGUAGAUGAACGGGAAGACUCCCCCGAGGAUGGAGUGGAGUCUGGUUCAAAGGGCCUGGCAAGUGACCAGGGGGAGGCGCCCAGUGGUGUAGCGCCUGGGGAGAGACAAGAGAGGGAAGAAGCGGGGGGGCAGGAGGAGGUGCCGGGGGGCAACGUGGACGUCUUCGUGUUUGAGCCAAUGAAUUCAUUCUGGCGCGCAGUGGUGUACCAGACGAUGGAGAGGGAGUUCGGCAAAGGCCGCUUUCUGAUCGAGAAGGUUCCGCAAUCCUUCUCGAGCAACCUGGAGUCCCUGCGCCUGGUGCGCUCCAAUCCCGAGGCCGUACUGGAGGCAGAGCGUGUGCGUGCGGCCGAGAAGCGCGCCCGCCUGGACCAGACGGUGGGGUUCAGCCGCGUGCUGCGGGCGCUGUCGGCGGCGCGCAAGCCGCUGGUGGGGCACAACAUGCUGCUCGACCUCGCAUACAUCGUGCACCUCUUCGUGCAGCCGCUGCCGCCCGCCUUCGCCGACUUCCGCGACCUUGUCGCCUCCUUCUUUUCCGGCGGCAUCUUCGAUACCAAGCACCUCGCCCUGCAAGUGCCCGACGCCUUUCCCCCAUUCGCCGGCACCGCGCUGGAGGCAGUGUUCGCGGCCUUCAGGUCCAAGGUACAGCGUGGCCCGCGACCGGGCAGUGACGGGGAUGAGACGUCAGAAGAAAUGCCGGCAGCAGAAGAAAUUGUGGAUCAAGCGGCGCAACAGGUUUCGAAAGCGAGCCCGGGGGAUGCGAGUGCGGAAGGCACCGUUGCUGUCCCCGGGGUAACGGUGCCGUGUGACGGGUCAGCGUCGGCAGCCAGUGCGGGAGACGGGUUGGUGCAGCCCGAGGAUGGUGGCCCCUACAGCCUGGCAGAGUCGCUCAUUGAAGCCGUGGCGCCGCCACUCCUGUCUCAGAAUCCGAGUAGCGCUGUGCAUUUGAUUGCCGAUAUCAACGACGUUGCCCUCAGAAGCGCCGUCCCUGCAACUUCGGAAGAAAUGCAACCGGCCGUGCCUUUGAGGCCGGUAGACGCGAUGCCGUCGAUCGAGCACGAGGCCGGCUUCACCCGGUACUUGGAGUCCGAGGACGGCCCCCCCGAGUAUGCGCACGAGGCUGGCUUCGACGCGUUCAUGACCGGGGUGGCAUUUGUGGGGCUGGCCAAAGUGCUCGAGGCGCGGCGGGAGAAGCCGGACCUCGUGGCGCAGCGCCUCUUCCGGCGUACCUCGGAGGGUCGGGGGCUGUUUGGGGGCAGGCCGCGGCACCGACAGGGGGGACCCCAGCGCCAGGGUGACACAGCAGGGCCUAGUCAGCCAGUCCUGACGAGCGUCAAGAUCGGAAGCUCGGUGUCGACUCAAGCGGCGGUGUUGGCAGACGGAGCGGGGACGGCUGCUGGUCUCGCGGAUAGUGCGCCCACGGAAACGGGCUCGUCACUCAAGAUGGCGGUCUCGACGACCGGUGCUUCCUUAAACGUCACCGCGCAAGCGCUCGUUCCCCCUGCCGAGCCCGCAUCUGCUCCUGCUCCCUUGGACUCUGGACUCGGCUGUCUGACGGUUGACAGCGGACUUGUGCCGACGGUGCGCGGUCCAGCGGCAGAGGCGCAGACCCGUGCUUCAGACCCUGAGGAGUCUCUGGUGGAUGCGGGGGAGGCGGAGGCGGCAGGAGCGCGCGAGCUGCAAGAGCUGGUGGAGCGGACCAGCAGCAGCCCGGUCAGUUUGGAGGCCCUGCGGCAGUACUCGUACCGCAUCAAUCUGAUGGGCAGCGACAUGCCGCACCUGCCACUGCAGGGGCCGCUCAUCAUCCCCGAGCGCGGCCACCUGUUUCACAUCAGCGGGUUUUCAGAGGAGACGCGCAGCCCCGAGAUUGCAGGUCGCUUUGCGGACUUGGGCCUCGGCGCCGUGGACAUCACCUGGAUCGACCGCAGCAGCGCGAUUGUGGCACUGCGCAACCGGGCCCUGGCCGACACCGUCAUUGACAGCAUGCUCGGGUCGGGAUGGGAUGUGGACAUCGCACGGUGGGCAGACUUCCGGUUGCAAGCACAGUGCGCCCUUCCAGAGCCACGUGGCAGGCGGAAAGAUGAUGGUGCACAUGCCCCUGGAGACGGCACAGCGCAAACUAUCGAAGCUAGCCAGCCCAGAAAGGGGCGUAGAUUGAAUGGCGGUGAAAGGCAGGUUGAAGUGGUCGACGACGAGGAUGCGGAGCGCGAUGGAAGGAGGGCCCAGAAAGCGCUUGCACGCAGGACAUGCAGCAUCUUAUAGUUAAUAUAUUGUACUGACCGUUGAUCACGUUAUUUUCGUGGAAGACAAGGUCGGGCUGCAAAUGCUUGCCAGUGCAUGUGAUGUAUCAGGGGGCUGCAUGGGUUGCGAAGACACACCUGAC